AUGCCAAUGGCAAAUCCGAUUACUAUAAUUCUUAUAGUAUCACUUAUGUUCUCCUUGUUCAAUCGAUCCUUAGCCAUUAAUCGAGUUACAUACAAUGUUUUAGAUUUAGGAGCAAAGGGUGAUGGCAAAACUGAUUCGACUACGGCUUUCUUGAAAGCAUGGUCCGCAGCUUGUGGCUCGCCUGGUCCAGCCACAGUCUAUGCGCCUCCGGGAAGGUACUUGGUUAAGAAUGCACACUUCAAAGGACUAUGCGAGAACAAAGCUAUAAUUAUUAAAAUCGACGGUACACUCGUGGCACCUUCGGACUAUGAUGUGAUCGGAAAUGCAGGUAACUGGCUUUUAUUUGAAGGUGCAGAUGGGGUUUCAAUUGAAGGUGGCAUUCUUGAUGGACAAGGCACUGGCUUGUGGGCUUGCAAGAGUACCGGCAAGAGUUGCCAUAGUGGCGCAACAACAUUGGGGGUUUCAAACUCAAAAGAUGUCGCAGUCAAUGGAUUAACGUUGCUAAAUAGUCAAAUGUUCCAUAUAGUAAUCAACGGAUGUGACAACGUAGAGCUUCAAGGAGUAAAAGUUUUGGCUCCAGGCAAUAGCCCUAACACAGAUGGCAUUCACGUCCAAUUGUCGACCGGAGUCACAAUCUUGAACUCUAAGAUCAGUACCGGAGAUGACUGCAUCUCAAUUGGUCCAGGAACCUCAAACUUGUGGAUUGAAAACGUUACUUGUGGUCCUGGCCAUGGCAUCAGCAUUGGAAGUCUGGGCAAGGAUUUUAAAGAAGUUGGUGUUGAGAAAGUGACAGUUAAAGCGGUUACAUUUAAGAAUACCCAAAAUGGUCUAAGAAUAAAAACAUGGGCCAGACAAAGCACUGGAUUUGUACGAGAUGUUCUCUUCCAGCAUGCCAUUAUGACAAAUGUGCAAAAUCCCAUUGUGAUAGACCAAAAUUAUUGUCCAAACAACAAAAACUGUCCAGGCCAGAUUUCGGGCGUGAAAAUAAGUGAUGUUACGUACAAGGACAUCCAUGGGACAUCGGCAACUGAAGUUGCUGUGAAGUUCGAUUGUAGCAAGGCAAAUCCAUGUCGGGGAAUUAGAUUGGAAGACGUAAACUUAACUUACAAAAAUCAAGCAGCCAAAGCGUCAUGCGCAAAUGCUGCCGGGACGACUUCUGGUGUAAUCCAGCCAACAAGCUGUUUGUAG